GGAGGGGGAGGGGCGGGGCAGGCGGGGGAGCAUGCGCUCGCGGCGACGCGACGCGCAGCGUCUGAGGCCUGAGAAGUGCCGAGGUCGUCGGGGCAGGAGCCCGCUCGGGCACUCCGACGCCCCGCCCCCGAGGCUCCGCCCAGGCGCGUGGGGAUGGCGACUGCCCGCGGGCUCGGGCUGUGAGGACUCGAGCAGCUGGGCCAACGUCCUGGGGUGCCACGGGGAAGUGCUGCGGGCGCGCGCGAGCCCCCAGGGGCGGCUGGAAACCCUGGAGCGAUGGUGUCGAGAGGAGUUGCCCGCAGCCAUCGAGAAGCACGUGACACGCGACGAGCUGGAGCAGUUGCUAGCGUGGAAACUGGCGGUGAGGAGCUUCCCACGUGGGGGACGGAGCCUUCCGGGGCGGGACGUAGCGCCGUGGGCGUGGCUUCAUCCUGGGGGCGGGCCCUCGCGCCUGGGGGCGGGGCCCCUAGCGAGAUCCACCAGCCGUGACCCCAGACCCGCCUUGACCACCGAGGGGCCACUUUCGGCCGCGCCUGCAGCAGCUCUUGACCACCAACUCCCCGCAGCUGGUGGUGCAGCGCUCGGCCGCCGCCUUCUGUCUCCUGCCAGACGUGAACGCAGCGGUCACGGAAUUGUGCGCCCUCCGGGGCGUGGGCCCGGCUAUCACCUCGCGUUAGUAGGGAGAGCUGGGCGUCCCCCCGGCGAGGUCGUGGGCGGAACCUGGCGUGUUAGUGGCCUUAUCUGUGAAAUGGCCAGAUACGUGACACCGAGAGUUGUUGGGAAUGGCAGCCCCACGUCGAGGUGGGGCUGAGUGCUGUCCAUUUACUUCCCGCGGCAGUCCUGGCUGCCAGAGCUCUCGAGGUAGCAGCCUUCAUGUCUGAAGAGGCAGUGGCCGCAGUGCCCGGUCUGCCAGCCUUGCAGUACACCCUGAAGCACUACCUGCUCUACCUGGGCCGGGUGCAGGAGGGUGCCACAGCCCUGAGCCAACGUGCAAUCUGUUGGCGGCCAGAGAGGGCAUCCAGGACUCUGGUCAGGGUGAUGUGCAGAGUUAUCCAGCAGGGUAGGGUGACUGGUGCCCCUGAGCCCCAGACUCCCUCUGCCCCACCCCAGGCAGUGCCUCAGGCUGUGGACUCCUCACCGUGUGGAGACAGCACUGUGGAUCUGGGCUGUAGGGUAGAAGCUGUGCCCUGACCUGCUGCCUGACCUCGGUCCCAGCCUGGCCACCCUUGAGGACACCAGGCCAGCCAAGAACCACAGGACCCAGGCCUACUGACUUGGCUGUGGCCCAGGGCUUGCACACCUACCCUGUGAUCUCAGGGCACAAGUCUUUGGACAGGGGGCUGGCUGCUGUAGGAGCUCAAUAAAUGCUUGCUGAACUCAAA